AUGUAAACAGCCAUGGUCGAAAAGUCUUAUAAAGAGUUAGUUAUCGAUAUACUAAAAAUAUGCGGUCCAGCAACUAUUACAAUGUUUACUUAUUAUUCAAUGGAAGUAAUAAGCGCGGUUUUCAAUGGCCAUAUGCCAGAAGCUGAAAUGAUUGCUGGAGCUGGUCUCGCUGGAAUGUAUACUACUAUAGUAUGCUUGUCAAUCACAAUUGGAUUGAAUUCAGCUUUAUCAACUUUGAUUUCUCAAACUUUCGGAACAGGUAAUAUGAGAAUGUGCGGUAUCUAUCUUAACAGAGCAAGAGUAGUCGCUACUUUAGCUUUCAUUCCUCUCUCAGCUCUUCUCCUGAGUGCUGAAAGUUUAUUUCUAUUGCUAAAUUUUGAUCCGAAAACAAGUCAUUAUGCCUAGAUUUAAAUAUUCUGGAAAAUACCUGGUUUAUUAAGCUAUGCCCACUAUGAUGCGAUGAAGAGACUUUUAUACAACACAGGCAAUUAAUAUGGUCCAAUGUUCAUUCAAUUAGCAACUACUUUAUUUCAUGUUUUGUGGUGCUACCUAUUUAUUCACACUUUUGAUCUUGGAAUAAGAGCGACAGCAAUGGCUUUUUCAAUCACAAAUUUCAUAAAUAUGUUCAUAUUGCUUGUUUUCAUCUCCAGAAUUAGUUAGCUUAAAGAUGCAAUAUUCUGGCCUAGUAAAGAUAGUUUCAGAGGGUUGGGAGAGUACCUUAAAAUUGGGUUGUUUUCAACUGCAAUCAUAUUCCUUGAAUGGUCCAGCUUUGAAUUUAUGACUCUUUUAUCUGCGUUUCUUGGAGUUAACUCUACUGGAGCAUAAGCAGUUUUAUUCAAUUUUGAGUGUCUAAUUUAUAUGCCAGCUCUUGGACUUUAAAUUGCAAGUAACGCAGUUGUUGGCAAAGCUAUUGGAGCAAAAGACUCAUAAUUAGCUAAAAGAUAUGCAAAUUUAUGUCAAUUUAUUGGAUUAAUUGAAGCAAUAAUAAUCAUAGUUUUAGUUUGGUUUUUCAGAUUUUAGAUUGCUGCUUUUUACACUGAUAUUGAGAGAGUUGAAGAGCUAGUUGCAGAUGCUCUCAAGUAUAUGGCUUUUGUCUAAUUUUUUAAUCAGCCUCAGGCUUGCCAAUAAGGAAUUAUGAGAGGACUUGGUAAAGUAGGACUAACUUCUUUAACAGUUCUUAUUUCCUAUUAUGGUUUUACACUCCCACUUGGUUAUGUAUUUGCCUUUCAUGUUGGUUAAAAUACUGAAACUGGAAAGGGAAUGGGAAUCAAUGGCUUAUGGUUCGGGAUGUUUAUUGGUUAAGGUAUCUUAUGCACAAUCUAUCAAUUCCUAAUAAGUUUUAAAGUUGACUGGAAUCAAACAGUACAGGAAAGUAUUUAAAGAACUUAAAAAGAAGAAAAGCUAUUGCAAUAAGACUCAAUCAAAGAAAAUCAGAAGAAUGAUGAAAAAGGUGAGGUCGAGCUGUAAUGA